CAGAGACAGCUUAGAAGAGCCUCCAGCUUUAGGCAUGCAUAGAUACCUGGGCCACCCUUCCCCAAUCAGCAGGCUGAUCUGAAAGUAUGAACAAGAAAGGAGGCUGAAGGUUCUAGAGGUCCCCAACUUGUGAUCUUCAGCGGAGAAACACUCCUGGCGUGUCUCGGGACUCAGGCCACUAAACCUCAGCAAUCUCCUGGAAUAAAAAAAGCAAAGGAAGCCUAGAGCGGAGAUGAAGAAGCCUGAGGCACUCUGAGAGCUGCCACCUUUUCCAUUUUGCCGCUUGACACUUCUCAUCAGGAACCACAUACCUGAAGCAGGGAGUGGAGAGAAGACUGGGCUGGGCCAGGCUUUCUGGGCUUUAACCUGUGCUCCGAGUAGGUGGGUCAUAUUUUACCCAGCAGGAGUUGAAGACUGCCUGGUGCCUCAACGGGACUGACUUCCUGGGCCUGGAGUUGGAGGUUAGAGAUCUGACAUGGCUCACCUGAUCACUGUGCAGUUGUUGCUCCUGCUGACGGCGAUGGCCGAGUGUGCGCAGACCAGAGCUACUCGGGCCAGGACUGAACUUCUCAAUGUCUGCAUGGAUGCCAAGCACCACAAAGAAAAGCCAGGCCCUGAGGACAAUUUACAUGACCAGUGCAGCCCCUGGAAGACAAAUUCCUGCUGUUCCACGAACACAAGCCAGGAAGCACAUAAGGAUAUUUCCUACCUGUACCGGUUCAACUGGAACCACUGUGGAACUAUGACACCGGAGUGCAAACGGCAUUUCAUCCAAGACACCUGCCUCUAUGAGUGUUCCCCGAAUUUGGGACCCUGGAUCCAGCAGGUGGACCAGAGCUGGCGUAAAGAGCGGAUCCUUGAUGUUCCCCUGUGUAAAGAGGACUGUCUGCAGUGGUGGGAGGACUGCCGCAGCUCUUAUACCUGCAAGAGCAACUGGCACAAGGGAUGGAACUGGACCUCGGGGCAUAACGAGUGCCCUGUGGGAGCCUCCUGCCAUCCCUUCACCUUCUACUUCCCCACACCUGCUGCUCUGUGUGAGAAAAUCUGGAGUCACUCCUACAAGCUCAGCAACUAUAGCCGAGGGAGCGGCCGCUGCAUCCAGAUGUGGUUCGAUCCAGCCCAAGGCAACCCCAACGAGGAAGUGGCGAGGUUCUAUGCCGAGGCCAUGAGUGGUGCGGGGUCUCAUGGAGCCUGGUCACCAGUGUGCAGCCUGUCCUUAGUGCUGCUCUGGGUGUUCAGCUGAGUUCCUGCGCCUUCCGUUGUCUGGAGCGUCACCCUGCUUGGCUUAGCCUCCCAGCUCCCAGCCUCCUCUGUGGUGGGGCUCUGACAACCUGUUUAAUAAACCAGACAUUCCACAUGUGCCUUAUGAAUUA